AUGGCGGGCAGUGAAACGAGCAGUUACUCUAUCAUUGAUACAAUAAUUAACAGCCAAAACUUUCGGGAUAGUUUGUCACGAGCAUUUGAUGCUUCGCAGAAUACUAAUGCUGCAUCUUUUAAUAAUGUCGAAUCCGAGGUUUCGUCGAUAUUUCGUCCUCUGAAAUGCAAUGUCAAUCUUCUACCUGACAUUUUAAGUAAAAUAUUUGCAACAAAAUCCAUUUAUCUCAAACCAUCUAAAAGUCUGGUGGGAAUAAAGAUUGAGUCUUGUAGUAGUGAUGAAGAUUUUGAUGAGCUACCUUCUACAUCAAGAAGACUGGAUUCUGAAGAAUCUUGCACUAGUACAAACAAGAGUUCAAAGAAACAAAAGAUAUCAGAUAGUAUUGAUGGAAUUGAAAUGAGGAAUGUGUUCCAAAGCAGAGAUGUAACAGAGCAUCAUGAAAAAGCAGCAGAUCAUCCAAGUGAAAAUUGUUUGCAACAUCCUGGAAAUUUAGUGGAAGGUAAUGAUUGCUGCCUUGAUGAUUUGUAUGCAUCACUACUCUUUGAUGAAGUCAAUAGUGAUAUAAUUGUUGAUGCUGUUGAUGUUAAAGAUAACGAUGAUCAAAAUCAGUCUGCAACAAGUGUUGGCCCUUCCAAUUUUGACGAAUUAAAUCUUAAAGAAAUUCUUGAGCAAAAGUCACAAAGCAUUUCUAAUUCUCAAAUUUCAAAGUUUAAUAUUUGUCGAAAUAGUAUUUGGGAAGGAACAAAACGUGCAAUGUUGAGAAAGUCAUUUAGUCCAGAAAAUAGGAUGUCAGUGAAAUUUACUGAUGACAUAGGCGUUUCUGAAGGUGCGGUUGACCAGGGUGGUCCAAUGAGAGAAUUUGUAACUCUUGUGCUGGAAUAUAUUACUAAUUCUGAGUUAUUUACUGGCCCCAAUGAGAAAAAAAUGUUGUCUUGUAAUGGAAGAUGUUUGGAGGAAUCUGAAUACUUUCUGGCAGGACAAUUUUUUGCAAUAUCUCUUGUUCAUUGUGGAAUUGGGCCAAGGUGCCUCAGACCUAUCCUUUUUGAAUGUCUGAUUGGGUGCCCAGACAAAGUUUCUGUUUCUGUUUUUGAUAUUGAUGACAUAGACAUUCGAAUGAAUCUUCAAAACUUACUUCAAGCCAAAACAGUUGAGGAUGCGCAAAAUUUGAUGUGUUCUUCUAACAUAGAAACACUACUUCAUUUCUCGGGAAAUUUCCAGAUGGUAAGGACAUUGGAAGAUGUAAAAAACGUUGUGAAGGCUUCUGCUUCAUGGUAUGUUUUAGGUAGAACCCGUACACCUUUAGAAAGCUUCAAAAAAGGGUUGGAUUCUUUUGGCAUUUUAAAAAGUAUGACUGAAAAUCCAUCUGCUUUUAAACCCGAAAUGUGUUAUACAGCCCAGAUUAUUACUGGUGACAUAAUGGAAAGUCUUUUCAUUAUAAACCGAAGUGAAGUUGGGUCCAACAAAUAUGAGUUGGAAAAUAGGUUACUGUCAUUUUGGCAGGAUCUUUUAGUGGAUAUCGAAGAGGGAGAAACAAGCAUAACGUUUUCUGACAUUAUUUAUUUUGCAUCAGGAUACAAGGUUAUUCCACCUAUUGUCUUUACUCCUGAGUUGAAAUUCUUGCACCAUGUUGAAAAUGAUGGUGAAUUGUCGAAGUACCCAAAAUCAAAUACUUGUGGUGCCAUUUUAUAUCUUCCAACAUGUCAUCAGUCUUAUGUGGAAUUCAGAAAUUCAAUGAUUUUCGCCAUUCUAAAUUGCAGAGGUUUUGGGAUCCCUUAA